AUGGCGGUGACAGCGGUGAGAUGGAAGGAAGGGAUGGACUGGGGAGGCGUGCCGGUGGAGGCAGCGGCGACGGCGCCUAGGGCAUGUCGAACGCGGCGUUUUCUUCUUUGUUUUUUUGCUGAGGAAAACGUGAUGGCUGGGUGCGCGUGGAGUGUUGUGGUCCGCCGCUGGCCUCAUGGGCUUUUCUGGGCUAUCCAUUUGUGCCAUUUAUUUUUUUAUGGACAUCCACCAACGCCAUUUGAUCUUUUUUUGGUGUGUGGCAUAUGUGGGACUACUGGGACCCAACGCCACUUACAUCCUGAGCUGCUCGACACGAUUCGUCGUGAAUUCGUCAUGCCUUUGGAUGGAAGGGACCACGAGUCCACGGCAGAUCGAUAUGAUGUCGAAGUCCUCGGGGAGGCGGCUCAGGAGCUGCUUCCUGGGGAACUCCUUGACGGAGAGCACGUCGGCGAAGAGCGUGCUGCGGCGGAAGCGGUGGACGGGGAGCGAGCGGAGCACGGCCUCGGUGGAGAGGAUGGAGGUGGCCAGGAGGACCACGUCGGGCUGGCACUCGCAGAGGUCGUGCGGGUCGGCGUAGAAGGACGCGCCGAGGAGGCGGUUUUGUGGGCCGGGCUGGACAGACGGGCGGCAAAAGAAGCCCAGGAAACCCACCGUCUCGGCGGCCGGGUGACGGGGAAUCCCUCUGGGAGUUGCGAGGGGAAGCGAAUUGUGGGGAGGGGGCGGCGAUGGAGGAGGGGGUGCCACUCGUUCCUGAACCAGAAGCCAUGGCACCCGCUCUCGUACCCGAACCAGCGCCGCAAGUGGAUCGCCGAGCAGAUCCACACCAACCGCGCGCGCCGCGACGAGGAGGUGCAGCGCGAGUUCGCGCAGGAGCAGGAGUUCUUCCGCCAGACCGCCCUCUUCUCCAAGAAGGACAAGGAGAAGAUGGAGAUAAUGAAAGCUGUGAGUUUCAUGUAUGUCCGCCCACCUGGAUACAAUCCAGAGAGUGCAAAGGCUGCUGAAAUUCAAGAUGAGAAGAAGAAGCUGGAUCAAGGCGAUGCCACCGAAGAUGCUGUAGCUGCAAAUACCUCUUCAAUGCCUGAUGGCCCAGAGAAGAAAAAGAGUAGGCCGAAAGAUGUGUUUGGCCGUUCAUUGCCAACAGAGCAAGAAUUUGAAGUUCUGAAAAAUGCUCCAAGAUUGGACACAGGUGCUCCUGCUAGACCUAAACCAUUUGGAGUCGAAGUUCGUAAUGUUAGAUGUUUAAGAUGUGGAAACUUCGGCCAUCAGAGUGGUGACCGGGAAUGUCCCAUGAAGGAUAUUAUCAUGCCGAAUGAGGAGAGCCGAUUGAAAAGGGACGAUCCACUUACAGCAAUAAAGGCACAGACUGAUUCGAGUGAGCCUUUGAAGUGGGAGCUUAAGCAAAAGCCUGGCAUGAGCCCUCCUCGAGGUGGAUAUAACCCUGAUGAUCCUAAUCAGCAGAUUGUAGCAGAAGAGAUAUUUGAUGAAUAUGGAGGAUUCCUCGGCGAUAUUGACAUUCCGGCUCUCCUUACCAACUUCUCCACGAGUAAAUCAAAGAAACGCUCCAAGAGUAAAAGCAGGCGCAGGCAGUCUGAGCCUGCUGCUCAUGUAGAAUCUGGAAGACAUCAUAGCAGUCAUCAUUCAUCCUCAGAUUCGGAACCUGAGAAGAGCAACAGGGCGUCAGGAAGCAAGAGAAAGAAAAAAUAUUGUUCUGACCCAUCCUCGUAUUCUGAUUCUGAGGCGGAAGCUGGGAAAGGAAAAGCCAAGCAGAAGUCAAAGCACAGGCACAGGAAGAAACACCUGCUAGAGUCCUCUUCUGAAUCAGAAGUUGAAGUUGACACAAGAAGGCAUCCAAAGUGGGAGCACAGGAAGAAAAAGAAGAAAGAGGAGAUGGAAAUUGCCCCAGUUUCCUCCUCCAGAGAUAAAGGAUAUACAAUAAGCAAGAGGCCUUCGAGGCGAUCGAGGGAGAAGCAACCCUACAGUGACUCAAGUUCUUCUGAGAGCGAGCAGCAGCAUCCAACACGAUGGCAGGACAAGCAAUCCCACAGUGACUCGAGUUCUUCCGAAAGCAAGCGGCAUUCAAGGAGAUCAAGGGAAAAGAGACAUCACAAAAUACCAGAUUUUCCCGUGAGCAAUAGGUCUUCACGGAAAUCGGAUGAGAAGUGGCACUAUACUGAUUCAAGCGCACGUGAAAGCGAUAGACAUUCAAGGAAACCAAGAGAAAAAUCGCGCUACUCUGAUCCAAGUGCUUCUGAGUAUUCAGAUUCUGAUCGGCCUUCACGGAGAUCGAAUGAGAAGCGACACUAUACUGACUUGAGCACACGUGAAAGUGAUAGGCAUUCAAGGAAACCGAGGGGGAAAUCACGCUGCUCUGAUCUAAGUGCUUCUGAGUAUUCAGAUUCUGAUCGGCGUAAUAGUCAUCGCCGUCGUCGAAGAAAAUGA